AUGAGUGGGAUAUCAUCAGUUAGUAAGAGCUCGGAACCUCAUCAACAUAUCCAGAUUAAGGAUACAUUGCUUGUAGGGAGAGCUCUUUUAAAUUUCACCUCGAUCUUUGUUUCAUUGGGAGUGUUUAUCUUCGGGUUUGAACAAGGAUUGAUGUCGUCUCUCUUAACCAACAAAUAUUUCAAAGAUUACUAUAAAGACCCUAGCCCAGCGGCUAUUGGUACCAUGAUAGCCAUUUUAGAGAUUGGAGCCCUUUUCUCAUCAUUUGUAGCUGGGAAAGCCGGUGAUAUUUGGGGUAGAAGAAGAACCAUCAGGUAUGGUUCAUUUAUUUUCGUUGUUGGAGGACUUACUCAAUGUACUUCAGUCAAUAUAAUCAAUUUAGGUUGUGGUAGGUUGAUUAGCGGGAUUGCUAUUGGGUUUUUAACAACCAUUAUCCCAUGCUAUCAAAGUGAAAUCAGUCCUCCAGAAGAUAGAGGGUUUUAUGCUUGUUUGGAAUUCACAGGGAAUAUAAUUGGAUAUUCUUCAAGUAUUUGGGUUGAUUAUGGGUUUUCAUUUAUUGAAAACGAUUAUUCUUGGAGAUCUCCUUUAUUUGUUCAAUGUGUCAUUGGAACCAUGUUAUUUUUGGGAACAUUCUUGAUUGUGGAAACUCCAAGAUGGUUACUUGAUCAUAACCAUGAUCUUGAAGGAAUGAUAGUGAUUGCAGAUUUGUAUGGGAAUGGUGAUGUUGAGGAUUAUUUUGCCAGACAAGAAUUUAGAAACAUAAAGGAAAGCAUUUUAAUUGCUCGAGUUGAAGGUGGAGAAAGAUCUUAUUCAUAUUUAUUUCAUAAAUAUGCUAAAAGAGUUUCUGUUGCAUGUUUCUCUCAAAUGUUUGCUCAAAUGAAUGGUAUAAAUAUCAUUGCUUAUUAUGCUCCUAUGAUAUUUGAACUGGCAGGUUGGGUUGGUAGACUGGCUAUUUUAAUGACUGGACUUAAUUCUAUCAUUUAUAUACUUUCCACAAUACCUCCAUGGUAUUUGGUUGAUUCAUGGGGUAGGAAACCAUUACUCUUAUCAGGAGCCAUUCUUAUGGGUGUGCCUUUGCUCUUGAUUGCAUAUUCAUUAAUGUUGAAUAACAAAUAUACUCCCAAUGUGGUGGUGGCUUGUGUGGUGGUUACCAAUGCUGCUUUUGGAUAUAGUUGGGGCCCUAUCCCGUGGUUAAUGAGUGAAAUCUUUCCCAAUUCAGUAAGAUCAAAAGGUGCAGCUUUAUCAACUGCAACAAAUUGGUUAUUCAACUUUAUUGUGGGUGAAAUGACUCCAAUUUUAUUGGCUUCAAUUAAAUGGAAAACUUAUUUGUUUCCUGCAACUUCUUGUUUCCUUUCGUUCUUAGCCGUGGAAUUUCUUUUCCCUGAAACUAAAGGAUUAACUUUGGAAGAUAUGGGUUCUGUUUUUGAUGAUUCUUCCUCAAUCUUUUCUUUCCACUCCGGUAGAGGUUCAAAUAAUGGAGCAAGUUCUGCUUCUUCCAUAAGAAAAUUGAGUUCUGUUAGAUCCGCGGCUUCAGUGGCUAGAGAUCCAACCAUAUUAUCUAAUUCAGAAGUUCCAUUAUUAGCGGCAGCAGCAGCAAAUGCUUCAGUUCCAGCUCAGCAUCAAAGAACACCUUUAUUAGGUGCCAUUCCUAGUGGGUCAAGUGGUAUAGCUGGUCCAAGGAAUGAUAAUGAUAUCCCUUCAAUGGAAGAUGUUCCUCCACAAGAAAUUGAGCCUCCUUCAUUCGAAGAAAUAUACCAACAUAAGGUGAAGCAAUAUUUGAAACCAACGAUUUGGAACAGAUUAUUCAACCAUGUUAAACCCAUUGAUCAACAAGAUACACCAUUAUUGCAAGGUUAA